AUGGAUUCGGUAGAGAUUCAAACUCGAUCAACGACCAACUCAAGGUCUAAUAGUAAUGAUAUGACACAUCACUCUAACCCUGACGCUCGAAUAAGGCUACAGAAAGAUUCCUCGGAUGUCGAGGAUAAUUACGAUAAUGAUGAGACCUCAGGAUUUACAUUACCGCAGUUAAAAGAUUCUAUGACACCAUGGAGAGCUAAUGAUAGACCAGUUGCAGAUAAGAAGCACAAUACGUCACUUGAUGUAGUAUCGCCCAUAAAUUCAAGACCUGCUACGAGAAAUUCACUUUUCUCCAUUGAUGGUGCAUAUACUGUGGCAUCUUCAUCCGCCUCGAAUGAAGUAGACAAUUUGCAGAGGCAAUUGACGAUCUAUAAAUUAAAGGUAAGGGCGCUUUUAGAACUAAUCAAACAAUUUAACUACAUUGGAGAUGACGUGGAAAAUAGUACUGGAGGUGAUAACGAUGGAUUUUACCAAAAACUAAUCUCUACUAUUGCCCAAAAUGAUGAUGUAGAAGAAUUGAAAACCCAAAUGCAUGGUUUGGAAAUAGGUUCAGAUGUAAAGACGGAAACAAUACGAGAAUUGAGAGAUCAAUUGACAGAGAUGGAAAGCCGUUGGAAACAGACAAAGGAGGAACAUGCUGAAACUUUAGAAUACGCUAAUGAAUACAUUGGGCUCAACGAACAAAUUACAACUUGCAUUGAUGAAUUGCUAAAUCUACUCAUGGAGAAUUUAGAACUAUCACCAGAAGAGACCAAAAAUUUGCAAGAUGCUAAAAACACUUCACCUGAAUUCGCGAUGGCAAAGAUGAAUGCUCUAUCUGUAACAUUGGGUAAAAUUCUUAGGGACCUGCACGAAAAGAGGAAAUCGGAAAAAGAUAACAUAGCCGCCAUAGCCAAUAGUACGGAAUUGGAAGCAGAAGGAGAGCCAUUAGCUAAGAAUGAUUCUGGAAAUGAAUCUGUCAUGGACACCCAAUUUGAAAUAGCAAUUGAAGGAAUUCAUGAACAAUAUGAUAAUUUCGUCAAAAGUAUACAGGCAAAAUUGGAUAAGUCUGCCCAAUUAGAGAAAACUCUUGCUGGCAAAUUGGCUCAACAGACCGAAAUCUUAAAAUCUAUAGAGGAAGAAUCUCGAAAUAAGGAUCAAUUAAAUUCAAAAGAUUCUAGAAGGCGUGCCUCGUUUCUUUCGGACAUUAGUGAUUUGGGAAGACGUGCAAGUGUAGAUCUAUCCAAAUCUUAUCAAGAGCAUGUCGAUGGUUUAAACCAUUUGGUACAAACUUUAAAAUCUUCCAUAGCUGAAAAGAACCAGGAGUUAGGGCAGCUACGAUUACAAUUACAAGAUCAAGAUCAAUUAGUCAAAAGGGAACAACGAUCGAGGCUAGAUCUAAAAACCCUAGAGGAUCUGACAAACCAAAAGGAAAAGACUUGGGAAGAAUUUGUUAACAGUUUGGAGGAGAGCAUAGAAACCUUCCAACUGGAAAAGCAAGAUUUGUUGGAGGAGAAUGAUCAAUUAAGAAGGGAAAAUUCCAAAUUAGAUGAAGCUCUGGAGAAGAUAGCUCAAAAGACCGAAGCUUAUCAAGAACAAAGACAUCAGUUGAAUAAUAAAAUAAGGACAAUGACAGAUGAAUUGGUGGGUUUAAAAGAUGAAAACAGUGCAUUGCAUAAGUUGGUAUUCAAUGUAGAAAAUAUUAACAAAACUAUUCAUAAGCAAAAAUCUGAAUUUACCAAAUUCCAAGCACAUCUUUUACUCCAUCUAGAAAAUGUUUACAAGACAUUAAGCAAAAUCUUACAAAAAAAAUCCAUAGAUCAAUCGAAACACAAAUUAGAGGUCUUACGUCAGAUGAACGAUUUAUCUCAAAUGAGAAACAUGCAACCAAAAUUAGAAUCACUUUACAAUUUCAUCGAAACAGCUUUGGAAUCAGUUGUGGAAUCGUAUAUGAUGGUUAUAAUAGCGGAAAAGGACAAACAACACACGGGAAGAGGUCAUGAAAGGGAAAUGCAAUUGAGAAUUGAAGAGUUGGAAAGAAAAUGGGUCUCAGAAAGAGAACGUCGUAAAUUGGAUAGCAAUGCAGCUGAAGUACAAAUAAGUAAGUUAGAAGCUGAAAACGAAGCACUCAGGGAGAAACUCUACAACAUGACGAUUAGAUGA